AUGCCCACUCCUCGUAUGAACAUUCGCUCAAUUAACGGGUGCUACACCUGCAAGAAUAGGAAAAAGAAAUGUGACGAGACACACCCCCAAUGCCUGCGUUGCAUUGGAAUGGGAAUACAGUGCGGAGGAUAUCCUCCGCUUGAAAACCCCGAUAGCAGGGGAGUUAUGCGUCGUGCACGACCUAUCCUACCUGCUACCGGCACUAAGCGUGGCACCACCUUCAAGAUGGUAAUGCCUGGAUCAACCAAGUACACUGCAUCACAUGUGUCUUCGUCAACAACAAGCUCAGUCGCUGCCGGUCGAUCGCAAACUACUAACGAGGAAAGAAACAUAUCUACAGAGCCCCAAGGCCAAAUGUCAACCUUUUCCCAGUUUCCUGAUCCUCCGAGCCAACCGGGCCAUUCAUCUACAGCGGACACCACUCAGACCUCACUUAUGCAGCAACCCGUAGUACCCACUCAAUCGCGGGAUAUGGGAUACGCAACCGGACAGCUCCCGGCUAGCUCUGACCGCCGUCCACAUGGUUCCUCGUCUGGUUCGUCAGCAGGUGCUUCAUCUCUAGAAAUAGUUCAUUCACACACGCCGAGCAAUCAUUUGGAGGAAGUACAUAUACAUCCUAGUCAGGGACAACCCGGUCCGGCCUACGGAGUUCCAGCAUUCGAGCAUACGUGGAACGAAUUAUCCGUACCCACUCAAUCUAGACCACUUGAUUCACUAUUCUCCGUCUCUGCCUCCGGCUCUGGUUCUGGUUCUGGCUCUCGCUCAUCAGGAUCGUUACCCUCGUUAAGCUUCAGCCCCAGUGAGGAUGAGGAAUCGGCGAGCGACGACGAGGAUCCUGAAGGGGUUGGGAUAGUCAUGUGUACAAUCCCAACCCCUGAUCCUCAUGCACAGAGUAACACAUUGCCCUUUGUGUUGCAAAGUUAUGCGCGUUGGGCAAAUUUCUCUGUAUUUGAACCUUCGAGGAUCGCAUACCAACUAAGGGACAACAUCCUUGCUCGCUUUUCGAGCUCCCAAGCCUCACGAAAUCGGGUCAUACUUAUCGCAAACGCGAUCACUGCGAUUGGAAGAGAUGCCAAAUUCACUAUACGAAGUACAUCGAUUGUCGCUAUCCUCUAUGACGAGGCACAACAGAGUAUAGCACACGUAACUUCAAAACAACCUGCUUCACGCCGUGAAUUGGAUAUACCCCUCGCGUCGAUGUCGUUUGACCACUUGUCGAGAUGCUCCUCCUACAAUGUUGGUCACUGGGGCCAAGGAACCUUAUGGGUCUCAUGCAUGCUGCCGCACCGGUAUUUCGACGAGCUUGUCCCGAGCCUCCAGAGCAGCUGGUUAGCCUCCCUCGCAUAUUGUUGGAAUCUGCAUUCCAUCAUCGACAAUUCGCUGAGAGCGAUGUCCUCCUUACCCUCUGAAGAGACGUGGGACCGAAUCGCGAGAGAAGAUGGAUUACAGUGGUUACGAGGCCUUCCGGGACAAUUUCUUGUUCUGCUGGCUUGGAUCAACGGAUUGUGCGAAGAAUUCGGCACCAACGUAGAUCCACAGAUCUUAGCUGAGAUAGAAACCCGAAUUCGGAGUGCAAGGUUCGCCCCUGGGGUGUCAUCUGACCCAAUUCUUACUGUCCGGAGGCUCGCGGUAAAGGAAUGUUGGCGGCAAACGGUAUUUGUCUACCUCUACAUGGCACUUUGUGGAGCUGGUGCUGAUGACCCUCGGGUAGCCCAGGCGGUCAAGGCAUUCACACGAAUUAUCAAUGGUGUCAAGCCGGGUCAUAACCCUGACACCUUCUUGCUGAUACCAAUGCAUGUUGUUGGGGUCGCCGCGCGCCGGAGAAAAGAUCGUGAUUCGAUCCGUCGGCGAAUAUUUGGCCUUCAAAAAGGUGCUAAUUCUGGCACACCACCUCACACUGCCCUCUUAAAACUCACCGAUAUCUGGGAACGAACGGAAGUGGAGAAUCGAGCAGCUGUAUGGUCUGACCUGAGAGUUAUGGCAAUGGAGGGAUUGUACUCCGAGUACCAAGAUGAUAUGGAGGGCGUUGUGAGCGGCGCUGGACCCUCAGCCUCUGCAGAAACCCAGAAACCAGUCAAGAGGAACAUAAUUGUGGAUGACCAACAUCCAUUCGACCUCGAGCUAUAUAUCUCCUCAUAUAAAGGUCAAGCUGCUAUCAAGCGCCUGCGCUUCAUUGCCGCCAACAGUGCUACACUCCAAGCCGAUGCACUCCGCCUCGCCAUCGACCAGGUCAAAUCCACUAAUAUCGAUGUGAAUUUGUACCACCAACUUGUAACAGAGUACAAUGCACUCCCCUCUGUCCACAAGCAGAUUACUCUCGACCAGGACUGGAUGGCCAAGGUCAAGACGGCUAAAGAUGCCGAGGGCGACCGCCUGCAAGUCGAACUCAAGACCUAUACGACGAAUCUCAUCAAGGAGAGUACACGAAUGGCCUAUCGCGACUUGGGCAACUUUUACCGUUCGUUCGGGGAUACAGCCAAUGCGCUCAAGCACUACUCCAAGGGGCGCGAAUCGUGUACUACUGCAGGCCACGUGUUGCAAAUGAAUAUGGCCGCUGUGGAACUACUAGUCGAACAACUCAACUUUGCCCAAAUUUAUUCUUACGUCUUCAAAGCAGAGUCUGCGCUCGAAUCAGCGUCGGCCGGCGGAGCUGGCACAGGUAAAGGAGCAGACAAGGCGGAUGCAGAGUAUGAGCGUGCCAGGUCCAAAUUGCAGCUUGCCAGUGGAAUCGCUCAGCUCGGACAAGGAAACUUCCAGAAAGCCGCCUGGACGUUCUUGAAACUCGAGAAGAAUGUAGAUGAUUGGUUGGGUACACUUGUCGCUCCAGCUGACAUCGCAAUAUAUGGAACGUUGGCCGCCCUAGCCACUCUCAGCCGCUCUCAAAUCAAAGCAUCUGUAGUAGAAAGUGACACGUUCACGUAUUUCAUAGAACAGGAGCCGUAUAUUCGUGAGAUUAUCGAUGCAUAUACGAACAAUAACUUCAAGGUCGUUCUCGAACUUCUUGAUCGCCAUUCGUCACGCCACGGAUUGGACGUUGUUCUUGCUCCACAUAUUGGCUUGCUUACUAGCCUCAUUCGGGAUCGCGCCCUGGUCCUUUAUACCACCCCAUUUACGUCCAUUCGGUUACAACGCUUGGCAGAGGCUUUCGGAAUUACGUUAUCCGAUGUGGAAGCACAUAUCGUACGAUUGGUGAGGGAAGGGCAAGUAAAAGGUCGGGUGGAUGCAAACGAAAAGGUUUUAAUCGCAACUCAGGUAGAUCCUCGAGCCGAGUUGUUCCAAAGGGCGCUCAAGGCCGGUGUAGAAAACGAGGCAACAGCUCGAAAACUCAUUCUGCGCAUGAAGUUGAUCCAAAACGACCUUGUUGUGAAAACAAGCAAAUCUCAGCAACAGCGAGUUGGCCCCCCGGCUCAAGACGAAGAAAUGGGUAGUAUAGUCGAGGUCCAAUAG